AUGGGUGUGUUGCGGACGCUACGAGGCUGCGAGAAAAAUGCUCACCAAGACCAGGCCAUUCAGCGGCUCCUUUUCCAUCGUCUACGUCACAUACCUGGGCCAUUCUUUGCAAAGCUCAGUUCCAAUUACCUGAGCUGGGCAACCUUCAAAGCUCGUCGAGCCUAUAAACUUCUCGAGCUGCACGAGCAGUAUGGCCCUAUCGUUCGUGUUGGACCCAAUGAGGUCUCAAUCUCGAAUUGGCGAGCGUAUCGAGACAUCUACUCGGACCGCACGGUCACGAAGGAUCCCAGCUUCUAUGAAGCGCUGAGAUUCUUGGGUCUGGGCAAUGUCUUUGCCGAAAUAAAUCCGUCCGUACACUCUUCCCGGAGGAAGGUCAUGUCUUCGGUCUUCUCCCACUCGCAGCUCAUCAAGAACGAAGACCUCAUUCUGGAAAGAGUGAAUGUCCUCCUCGACCGGGCCUUGGACCAGGUUGCCACUUCUCCGACGGGCACUGCCGACUUAUUCGACCUUUGUGGCACAUUCAGUCUCGAGGUCAUCUGCAGACUGUCUUUCAACUGCACAUUCUCCAAGGAUUCCGACCUCUCCCAUCGAUUGUUAAAGGCUCUGGAGGGCAGUACCAUUGCCCUGCUGCUAGCGCCACAACUUCCCCAGCUACUACAGAAUACCAAGUAUCGAGGCAAAAUCCCAGGGGCCCUAGGGAAAUCCUUCCGCUGCUUCGAUGUCUGGGAAGGCAUAACACGAGACAUGCUAGUCCAAUUCCAGAACCAGAGCAUCGAUAGCGAAAAGAGAGCCACGUUCCUAGCUGCACCUCUUGUGGAUGACAAACCUAAGCAUAUCCAGCGGCAGUACACCCUGGAGGAAGCCGUGGAGGAAGCCAUGGGCAUCGCUAUUGCGGGCACUGGCGUCACCGAGCACACCAUGGUCUACUUCCUCUACCAGCUGUCGAGGCCAGAGAACAAGAGUAUGCAGAUGCGUCUUCGCAAAGAGGUGUCCAUUGUAGGCACGACCUAUGCCGACUAUGUCAAUCUGCCAUACCUUUCGGCUUGCAUCAAAGAAACCUUUCGUGUCCACCCGGUCAUCAUGUCGACACUUCCUCGCAUCCUUCACGACAAGCUCGUCGUCACCCAGAGCGGCACUACGAUACCUCCAGGAACCUUGAUCGGCAUGCAAAACUACGUGCACCAUCGAGAUUCCGAGCUGUUUCCGCAGCCCGCAAAAUUUGUACCGGAGCGAUGGCUCGAGGAUGGCAGCUGCGAUCUCACCACCGACCUGAAAGAUAUGAAUUCCGCACUGACACCUUUCAGUGUCGGAGCGCGUAACUGCCUCGGGCAGUCCCUGGGGAAAAUUGAGUUGUGGCUCGCACUUGGUACCAUCUUCAGGCGCGUGGAACUUCGCCUCAACGCCUCUAUGACAGAGGAUGACAUGAGGAUGUUGGACCGGUGGGCUAUGUUCCCGAAAGGUGGAAAGCUGUUGCUAGAUGUUACACCACUAAAGGCAGCCGAAUCAGAGGGGUAG